ACAACAUGGACCAUUCCCGUGAGGAAGAACCUAGGAUGGUUCGAUGCAAUUGUAAUAAUACUUUUCCAUCAGAAGUCGUCGAUUCCUUCAUGAUCACGAAAAAAGAAGAAGAAUGACUCAUCUGUUCCCUACUAGCUCAUACACCUAUAUAUAGUUAAUUUCUUCCCCAAUAUCUUAUCAUCCAUUCUUGUUUUCCUCACCACAUUUUGCUAGCUAGCAAGUUUCACAUAUAUUAAUUUUGAAAGCACCAACCAAACUACACCUAUCGAAAUCCAGAAAUCAAAUUUGCAGCUCCAGACAAUACCAUACAUAAUAAUACCAUGGACAUCUCUUCAUCGACUGAAACCAAACUAGCCACCGCAAAGGUAGUUCUAUCCACCGCAGCCUCUGUCGCGGCUACGGCGAUGCUUGCUAGAUCUAUAGCUCAAGACUUGCUGCCUCAUGAAUUCCAAGCCUACUUUUUCUGUAAGAUUCGCAGUUUCUUCGGCCGUUUCUCAUCCCAACUCACUAUGGUUGUUGAUGAAUUCGAUGGAUACACCUACAACGAAAUAUACGGGGCAGCAGAGACUUAUUUGGGCAGCAAGAUCUCUCCAUCAACACAGAGACUCAAAGUAAGCAAACCGGAGAAAGAAGACGAGUUCACUGUCAAAAUGGACCGCAAUGAAGAAAUCGUCGAUAUCUUUCAAGAUGUUAAAUUCAAGUGGGUUCUUGUGUGUACCCAUGUUGAUUCUAAAAACCACUUCAACUCUUUCGAUCAUACCUCUACACUACGAUCAGAAGUGCGGUCUUACGAAGUCAGUUUCCCUAAGGAACACAAAGAAAUGGUUCUUGAAUCUUAUUUUCCUUAUAUUGUCAAAGUAGCAAAAUCCAUGGAGCAGGAGAAGAAGACAUUGAAGAUUUUCACAGUUGACUACCAGCACAUGUAUGGAAAUUUAGCUGAUGCGUGGAAACCUGUGAAUCUUGAUCAUCCUGCAACAUUUGAUACUAUUGCUCUGGACACAAAAGAUAAAGAUAAAAUCCUGAAAGAUCUUGAAAGGUUUGUUAAGAGGAGAGAUUAUUACAGGAAGGUUGGUAAGGCUUGGAAAAGAGGGUAUUUGUUGUAUGGACCACCAGGGACUGGUAAAUCUAGCUUGAUUGCUGCAAUGGCGAAUUAUCUGAAUUUUGAUAUCUAUGACUUGGAGUUGACCGAGCUGAAUUGCAACUCCGAGCUCAGGAAAGUGCUUGUUGCUACUGCAAAUCGGUCAAUAUUGGUGGUGGAGGAUAUAGAUUGCACCAUUGAAUUGCAGGAUCGAAUCGCUGAAGAAAGGGCUACGCCAGGUCUUGGUUAUCCUCCACAAAAACAGGUGACAUUGUCAGGAUUGCUAAAUUUUAUCGAUGGAUUAUGGUCUAGCUGUGGCGACGAGCGAAUUAUAGUGUUCACCACAAAUCACAUAGAAAAGCUAGACCCGGCAUUGUUGCGUCCAGGACGUAUGGAUGUUCAUGUUCACAUGUCUUAUUGCACUCCUUGCGGAUUUAAAUUUCUUGCUGCUAAUUAUCUUGGAAUUAAAGAUCAUGUUUUAUUUGAAGAGAUCGAGGAGCUGAUCAAAACAGCAGAAGUGACCCCAGCAGAAGUGGCAGAACAGCUUAUGAGGAGUGAUGAGCUUGAGACCGUGCUCAAAGAGCUAAUUGAAUUUCUCGUAGAUAAAAAGAAGGAAAAUGAGGAAAAAGCCAAGGCUAAAAUGAUUGAGAAAGAAUCAAGAGUUGAUAAAGAGGAGGAAAAUGUGGAAAAAAUUGAAAACGAGGAAGAAAAUUGAGUGUGACGUCUAAGGCAAUAUUGAAGUUGAUGAUGAAAAACAAAAAUAUUGAAUGACUCUCUGUACUAAGCAUGCAUAUGAACUAAUCACUUUAAAACUUCUUUUAUAAUAUCAUGUACUCUCUUUACUACUAGCUACAUACCUUAGCCUUCCUUC